GAUUGUUUUUGUUUGCGAAUGAAUAGAUUUGGUCUAUUUGCCGUUCCGUAAAAAGGUGGAGUUCCCACGUGACGUGAGAUUGUGACAGCACAGUUCCGGGGAACAACAUAACAAACAACAGCUGAACGGCGAGCCAGGCGGACAUUGUUUGCCUCCCGCUGACAAGACACGUUUUCUCAUUUGUAUGACAUGACAACAAGGGACACAUUUGACACGCCGACAGAUGUACUAAAUAGGAGGAAGACUGCGACUUGUAAACAAACCGCUACCAGUUAGCAUAUAGCUUAGCAUUUGCCGCGUCGUUAAUUUGUCCGCAAUUCGGCUUACGGUCAAAAUGUUUGAACUGUGAAGUAAACUCUCUUCUAGCUGUAUUGUUGACUGUCGUCAACAAGCUGUCGAACUAGAUUUUUGUUUACAAACUGCGUUUAUCUUGACAACACAGCCUGCUUCUUGGUGCUUAUCGCGAGGAAUAACAUGUAUGCUCCCUUGACCGAUGAGUUGCUAUCGAUUGUGUACAUCAUGUUGCUGUGAAGACUUCCUAAAUUAUAGUAGCAAAGCUUCCCCGGGAGGGAUGUAAUGCGUGCAAAAGAUGGAGGCUGUCCGACACAAGAAGGCCAAGGCAAAGGUGGUCAGAAAACAGAGAACGACGGAGGACAAGAGGAGCGCUGCCCUCUCAGUCAUUAGUGAUGAUGCCUCUGAAUUCAGCAGUAUCCCUCUCAGCCUGCCACAUCAGGAGAACUGUGACCCAGUUCAACCCACCGAGACAAAAGCACAGUCAUUAGAUCUGCCUGCUGAGUCUCAUCAGGCCUCCUCGUCACCAACAGCAGUGUUAACGGAGACUUUUCAAUUAGGUCUACACUUGUCAGAGACGUUACCAGCCAUAGCCGAACAGGCGCAGUCAGCACAGCGGGGAGAAGCUGAUGGCGGCGUGUUGGGGGCUCAGCUCCAAGGCAGCAAGCUGGAAGCUGAUAAACAGUCAAGUUUUGACGUGGAACACGUCCCAAGUGCUCCUGCACUGUACCCGUCUGUCCCGACUCUUGCGGAGGGAUCCAGGAUAGAGCUCCACAGGGAAGCCGUGAGGACUUGUGGCAUAGGGCCUGCAGUUUUGGCACUGGCUGAGCCAGAAACUUCUCCUCCAAGUCUGCAGCCUCUGGAGUCUGAAGCGGAACUUUCCAGGAACAAACUCUACCCUGAAUUGCCAAGGACGACAACAGAUGUUCAGGCGUUCUCAUUGGAGCAGCUGAGUGUUUGGGAGCCAGGUGGAGGACUACAGGCUUGGCUAGAAGGUGUUAAUGUAUGUGCGGACCAGUUUUGUGCUCUGGCUCGGCAGGAGAACCAUGAACUCGCCGAACUUCUCCAGAACUACUGGCGCUGUCGCAGACAGCUGACACAGGCUCACACGCAACUACACACACAGUCCUCGGACUGCAAAAGUACUCAAAAUCGUCUGUGGAGCUUCAGAGAUGAACAGUUAACACUCCAGGGUAUGUGUGCAGACCAGGCCAAGGUGUGUGGGUACCACCGCUUUCAGCAGGCAGAGUUCAGUCAGGGUGUGCUGGCUGAGCUAAGCAGGUUGUUUGAAGUUCGCCUUGAGCUGCUACAUCAAAAGGUGGCUUUGCAUGCAUACACAGCUUUGCUGUCACGUCUUCAAGUGGAGUCAUACUUUCACCGCCUAUUAAAAGAUUGUUCUGCUAGCAAACAACAGCCCUGUUCCCUUCAACCUCUUAAAGAGGCCAUCAGCGUCCUUUUUGGCUUCACUCGAAGAGUCCUUGAUGACACACAGUUCCAGACUGACAUCCAUCACUGGUUGGAAAGACUGGUGGCAGUGCUGCUGCAUGUUGGUGAAUCAGGAGAGCACCUCUACCUGCUCAGUCAUCUGCUAUGCUGUCCUGCUGGGGUAGGCAAUUGGGCUGCCUCAUUUCUUCAGAUCCAAGUUUGGGGCAACACCUGUGGAGUGCAAGACUUCAUGCAAGCUCUUGCAAUUCUCAUGUCACCUUCUCGACACCGAGCAGAAUUUCUGGGUCAUAUGAAGCCAUGUGACAGCCUUAAUUCAGCUUCAUCUGGACCUGAGUCAGGAAACUGGACCCUUGUGGAUGAAGGAGGAGAGGAGGAUGAGGAUCCGGAGAGCAGCUGGUUGCUGCUGUGUGAGGAUGACCUUAUCUCCUUUAUGACCCAGUUCCCUUUUCAGCAACUCUAUUCACACAUGCUGGGGAUGAGCAAGCCAGGUGUCUAUGAGCCUCAGGGGUACUCUAGUCAGAAGAUGAUGCGUGUGUUUGCAUUUGCAUCCUCGCUUAUUGAAAUUCUUGCCGUUGGCCUACAAACUUAUAACAGGGCUCGAUACAGACAGCUAGUGAAACGAAUAGGAUACAUCAUAUGGAUUACACUGUGUUAUGUCAGUGAUCACUGGGCUCAGUAUGUGAGUGUGGCUGGCACCAGUUUGUUCAGCGCUCACGCCCACUCUUUGUCGCUGGAAAAGCUUCAGGUGGAAUAUGACCAUCUCUUCAUCAGGGCUGUUUUGCAUGUUCUCAGAAACAAGAGGUUGGGAAUUUGGUUGUUCAUGUCUGAGAUGCCUUAUGGGACCCUCUCCAGCUGCAUGCUGUGGAGGAUCCUUUAUGUAAUGCAGUGUGCAGAAACCGCAGGACUAGAAGCUAUUAGUCCUGCUAAUGACACACAAUCCAGUAUUCAGGCUCUUAGAGAGCCAGAGCAUCAGGAGAGGUUUGAGCGGUGGUUGUGUGAGGUGAACAGCUCUGACGGCAUCUCCCUCCUCACCGCCUUAGCACACAUGGCCACGCCCACUCAAAACUCAGAUCCUGCCUUUGUCACGAACAUCACUCUGCUGAUAUACCAGGUGUCUUAUGUGAGUGUUACUACCAGAGAAAUCUACUCUAAAGUUGGAAGGGAGUUGUUGGCUACCAUAGCAACAGCUCACCCUUACAUUAUCUCAGUGCUCUUGGAGCGGCUGAGAGAGACCAUCCAAGCUGUCGGCAUGGCGGCACUGUACUUGUGCAAAGAGCUGCCACUAAGUCUGUGGUGUCCACGAUCAGAGGAAAUAUGCGUGAUCGGCGCUUGGCUGCUCCAACAUCCUCUGUCUGCGGUGGAGAAUCGUCUGGCUUGUGUUAUACUAGAGGAUCUCAACUGGGGAUUCUCACAGGAGGGCUCUUUGGCAUUGUCCUCAUUGCUCCACAGUGAGGUUGCUCUGCUGGUAGCCGAGGCCUUUCAAAAGUAUCUGACUGACAAACCAUACGGUGGCCUCAUUUCAGAAGGCAUUAAACAGGUGUCUUAUCUUGCCAGUGUCCUUCGUUUAGGCGUAUCCCCUGAAACGUCAUUCAGCCAAUGGGCGUGGCAGCUCUUGCUGAGGCUCAAGCUCCAUGCCAAUGCUCAGAACCCAAAAGGAGCCUGGUUAGUCCCUGCUUUAGUGUCCAGCCCACCUGCAGAACUUACACACUGUCCAAGCAUGCACUCUGUGCUUAGAGCUGUAAAAGCAGGACUCCCUAUUGGAGCGUACCUGUCCAUUGCCAUGACAAUAGUCGGACAUAGCCUGGAGCACUUUUGUACUAAUGGAGUCAGCCUGUUGAAGAAUCUGAUUCAGUCUCAUCACCUGAAAGCUGCUGUACACCUCUUGGACAAUAUUCUUCCUCAAAUCUACCCACACAGUUUCUACCUUCUUAACAACUCUCAGUACAUAAGGCACCUUUUUUACUGCAUAAGCUUUUCCAGGUGCCUCACUAAAACUGUACAUUGUUUUUUUCUUGUUCAUUCUAGGUUUGUAAACUGCAUUCAGUUAUUUUUGCAGUACGACAGUGUGUGUCCUCAAGGUGUGACGCAGCAGGUCACUCACCGGGUAGCGCCACUCCUCACCGGAACCACUUAUGGAGACAAUGUUCGACUGCUGAACAGUGUCAUUCAGAGCCAUUUGGUGGAGAGUUCACAGCCUGGUCGUGUCGGUGCAGCAGCUGUGUUGGAAUUUUGGGUCGGGAUUUUGACACAGCAGAACUUGUGGUACAGGGACAAAACAACCCUGUUCCUCAUGGAUCAAAUUUGCUGUGCUGUAUUCAUACACCAUCUGGAGGAUUGUAUGCACAAACUCCUGUACCAACAACAUAAGAAUGCUUUGGGAUACCAUGGAGACAGAGGUCUACUCUCCUCUCUGGUUGGCUGGAUUUCUGGAAAUGCCACACCUUCCUUCAUCGAGGGCCAAUCACUGAGUACAGAGGUUUGGUUUGCCUGGUUAGUGCUUAAUAUGGAGGGUGCGUUUGAGGAAGAGUCUCAGCUCAGACGCUGUGUUGAACAUGAGCUCCUGGCCGAGCCCAAUAUCUCUCCAGAACAAGCCCUAAAGAGGGCACAGCAGAGGCUGAAGUUGCCAGUCACCCCGUCUCUACAGCGGCUACAAGUGUAUCGCUGGGCCUGCCAGGCUAUAGCCACACCCCCUGAUCACCCUCUUAUUCCGCUGGUUUGGCAGAGAUUUCUACAGCUGUACCUUAGGCAACCUGGUCCUGAUUAUGGACUGGCUGCUGGUGGGUGCAUUGGCCGUCGAUUCUUCCAGGCUUCCUCCCAGGCCACUUUGCUACGAGAACUAAGGCAGAGAAUACAAGAAGUGUCCGACUUCCACCAUGCUGCCAGUCAGGCCCUGAAGGUGCCCCCAACACACUCCUCUUCAGGAGAAAAUCUGUGCAAUCAGACUCUUGGCAACCCAGGUCACCUCUGCCUUACCUCUCCUCAGCUGCACACAGAGCUAGUCAGGUUGUUUGGGGUUUUUGCUGUGUGGUUGGAUGAUGAAACUCUGCAGAAGCAGGAAGUUUACCUUCCCUCACUUCCGCCCGAAUAUGAACCACAUAGACUUGCACAGGUUAUGCAGCAGCAACAGGAACUGUGGCUGGAGUAUGUGGACCAAGAGCGUCUGCAAUAUGACAGAAAGGAGGUUCUGUCCCUGUGGGAGAAGGUGCAGAGCGAGCCAUCUUUCCCCCAAGCACAAAAUGCUUGCUUCACAGAUUACACCAGCCUCAACAAUGCAAAGGAACGUAUCCUGAACAACCUGCAAAAGCAUCCAGUGCCACAACCUGCUCCAGACCUGCAACAACUGAAGAUUCCUGUGGCUGAAGUCCCCAGUGUGUGUCUCUCUGACUCUAAAGCUGCUGCAGAACUACUGCAACGGGACCUCAACAUUCUGCAGGACCAAGCCAGGAUUGCAGUAUGCAGAGAAGCUCAGCAGGUGGCGAUGGAACAGGAGCUUUUAGAGAGUCUUCCUCUACUUUACAAGAACCGAGCUGAAAAAGUGACCAUGACAUUGGAAUGUAAAGGGAAGGGCGGGCAGGCAUGCCAGGGCCCAGCUACCAUCACAGUUACUUGUGAGUGUGUACAAAGACAAGAAGCAGUGCACACUCAGAUAACAUCACUGCGCAGGGACAUCAAGAACCUUCAAAGCGAUGCUAUGGCUCCGCCUCCUCUAAGCCUGGCCCAGGCUGCUGUUCACACUGAAAACUUUAUCACGGCUCUGGUGAACAUGUACAAAUCUCAGAAAUCCCCAUCAGUGCAGUAUGUUGGUGUGUCAGCCUUCUACCAGCUGGUCUCCUUUGUAUGUGAAGACACACUGCGACAUCCACCAACACGCCAAUAUCUCUCCUCGUGUGUGGAGAUACUGGGACAGGUGUUCAUCCAAGGCAACGCUGAAGAGUGCAGCAAUGUCCUGAAGACCAUCCUGGAGCACAGACGGCUGUGCCCUCUCAUUUCACCCUUUUUCACACCAAACGCAGCCCCGGCCCAGCUCGUUUUACUUUACCAAGAUGUGGUGAUGUCCCUACACCUUGAUAGUGCAGAUGUAAUUUUCAUGCUUCUCACCAAGUUUGAUUUGUCUGCCUGGCUAAACGAAGCCCAUCCCGUGUUUUCUGAGAGGACCCGUUUACUGGAGUUAGUCCAUGGAGGUCUCUGUGUCUGUGGCCGAGAUCCUGAACCUGAACUUCUCACACCUUUUCACCUUUUCACAAAACACUGGACAUGGCUUUUGCGUCACCACUUUCCUGACCACUACAGUGACUGUCUGCGUCUGCUCAUGACCAGCUCAUCAAACCAGUUACUAAGUCCUGAUUGCUGGAAGGUGACUCUUCAAGUGUUGGGCUGCUCUCUUCCAUCCCGUAGCAUCAAGAACAAAAGUGAACAGAGUCCUAGCACCUCUGAUGUCUCUGGACGUAUUCCAACUUCCCCAGCAUCUACCUUCCGCUCCUCCAUUAGCCUCUCUCCACAGCAGGUGGAUGAGACAAUAGACUGGCUCAGUGAUUACUUGCUGCGGAGUCGUCUCAGCAAGCCUGACCUGCGCAGCUUCGGCCUCUACUCUGCCUGGUCUCUCUACAUCAGUGACAUUGUUUCCUUCUGGGACCAUUUAAUGGGCUCUCUAAUUAGCGUUUCACUCAGCAGCUGUGCCAGGGAGUCGGUGGGCAGCAAUAAAAUAAUGAAAGCUCUUCAUGCCUUGCACAGAAAGAUUGUGAAAUUAUUCAAGCCUUGGAUAUUUCCUCUGGACACUGAAGACGGAAGUAAUCUCAAGAGCUUCCCCUGGCUGGAGACUGAUGCAAGUUUGGCAGGGUGUCUGGUUGGCCUCUAUGCUCGAAUAAAUGACACACUGCACCAGAGAUCCAAGGACCGUCUACUUCCUGGUCAGAGAGGUGCUCUUUGGCUCUGUAUGAUGCAGUACUGUGAAAGCUGCACCUCUCCACGGACACCAGAGUACCUGUUGUACCUGCACCACAUUCACCUGCGCAGCCUGCCGUGGAGACACCUGCAUCCUGACACUCAACUCAUGGAGCAGCUCUUUAACGUGGAGAGAGGAAGUCCUAAGAGCUGUUUCCUGUUUUUGGGAGAGGUGUUAUGUGAGGUUAACUGGGUCAGCGUCCUAAGCGAUCACAUUCACUCUCUUCCACCCCCUGUAACAGCCAUCGAUUCUCAGAAGAAGGAAUCACACACCAUGCUGGUCUAUUUGUUAUACAUGCUUGUAUUUCUGGCAAAAGAGGAGCAGCUCCUCAGUCGAAAGGAAUCCCCUCUUCUCAGUCUCUUGGUCCAGUGCACAUCUCUGCCUUGGCACGAGCUAGAUCUGUCAUCAUAUCAAGGGGUUCUGGGAUAUGUCAGCACGCACUACGCACCUUCCCUGCUGCUUAGCACGGAUUCUGCAUCUCAGUUACUGCUAAAAUCAAUUCGUAAUGCAGCUGGACUCCAUACCGGUCCUAAUGAAGCUGCUCACAUGGAUGGGACGCUGAAGGCCGCAGCAUACGUGUCCUGGUGUGUGCAAUUUUUGGUGACUCUUGAGCAAGCCGGCAGCAUCAGUGUGAUCCCUUUGGAGACACAGCUGGAGACAUUGUUGGAGAGCAUCAUCACCUUCAGCCCACCAGAGACAGGUUUGGAACAGAGGCACAUGGCGUUCAGCAGCCUCUUUAGUGGCGCACUAGCUUUGCUCAAUGGAGUUGGCGUUUCAACUGGAGAGGCCCUCGCCGCUCGUGUCAUUGCCUGGCUGGACAGGAAAGGGAGGGGCUUUCCUAUUCUGCCCCUGCUCACCGCUUGCUCUCGCUGUCUGGCCUCAGUGCGUCACAUGACGCGCAUCAUGGAGGCGUGCAUCACGGCCCACUUUAGUCAUGCUGAGGAGGAGUGUGUAGGCUGGGGUCCUGUGCUGGCAUCAUUGCAAGUGCCCGAGCUCACAGUGGAAGACUUCCUGUCCGAGAGCCAAUCAGGAGGCAGCUUCCUCACACUCUAUGCCUUCAUUCUGCAGCGCCUUAACGCAGAACACACAGCCACCAAUGAGAGGAGGACGCUGGCUUUAAUCAACACAUGGACCAAUCAGGUUUCCCCAAGUGGACCAAGCGACGAAGCCAAGCUGUUUCUGUGGUGGCACAAAGCCCUGAAUCUGGCAGUAGAGCAGCUGCAGCCUCAGGCGGGCCACACUGAAUUAUCCGGCGUGGUCACGGGUCUUCUAAAGUUGCAAACCAGGCUGCUUCAUCUAGGAGAAGAAAGGCACAACUCCGGACUACUCGGGGCCAUCGGUCUUGGAAAGAAAUCUCCUGUUUCGAACAAAUUCAGAGUGGUGGUUCGCAGCCUGGCAGCCUUCCUCUCCGUACAGAUACCAUCAGAAAGUGAACUCCGACUGCAGCCAACAACUGACCUGCAACUCUCUGCCAAAACACAGCAAACACUGGGAAUGCUGGAAGCAAUGCUCAGCAAUAAGCAAUACACGGGAUUGGAGGAUUCUGUGAAAAAAGCUCUUCAGUUCAUCCGUUACCCAGGGCACUGCCUUAAAGAUGGACUUCGACUCCUGGCUCUGCUCGCCAACCUGCUUUACCCAGACCUCAGAUACCUGCACAUUAUACAUUGACCCUACCCUGGAAAACAAGAAUGGAGCAAAAUAUUAUUUCAAGCUGAGGCUACUAUUGAGAGGCCUUUUGUUGUCACAAUUUGGAAACCAAGUCCCUUGUUCGAGUCUGCUUUUGCACUUUUCCUCCUCUUUUCAUCCAGUCUUUUUACCCUUUUUAUUGACGUCCCUGAUCAUCCAUUGUAUAUUUAUUUCAGAGGCUGAUCUCUGUUCUGUGUGUGGACAGAAAAAUAAGAAGAUGGCUACACAGAUUAGUUGAAGGUAAUAAUGGGACAUAUCUAAUCAUUAGCUUUUGUAGAACAAGGCGCAGAACAAAGGUGGAAGGAGUAAGAUGUGAUUGAGCGUCAUUACUUCUCACACACAAAACAUGGCUGCCUCUGAAGUGAUCAUGUAUCAUGUUCACAAAUCGCCAAAAGUGCUUUCUAAGGAGUGUUAAGGCCUCACUGAAAGGAAAAAAAAGUUGAGAACAUUAAUAUUAUGGAAAAAAAUGAAUUUUAGAGCAAUAUAUAGUGUAAAUGUGCACCUUUGCUCAGAUAAGUUGUCAAGUUUGACAGACGGUGAGCAGUCACUCCAGGAAUUUGCGAUGUCGCGAUCACACUAUUUCAACAAAUCCUCGCAAAAACGUCGUCCAAUGCCUGCAAAUUCCCUGCAUAUUUUAGUGAAUUGACAUAAUUUUUGACCAGUUUAAUUUAUUUCUGACUGGCGCUGAAACAAGCACUUCAACUGUAUUUCUUGUGUAGACAAAGCAGGGACAGCAACAUGUACCAAGGUAUCCACUCUUCAUUGGUAAAGGGCAUAAUUGUCCUCACAUUCCUACAUCCAAACUUUGAGAAAUGUAGUACAUAAGCAUCCUGACAUCUGAGUGUAUUUGUAUAUGUAUUUAACCUUUAUCCUGGGUAUUAACAGGUUCUCAUUUUCAAUGCGGACAUUGUAAAGACGCAGCAUUUACAAGUCAGACAUAUUGAAGUGUGAUGAUAAUCCCUCAUUUACCAACAACAAUCACUGCUAUAGAUAUUACUGUUAUCAGUUAUAACUAUUUAAAACAGUGCAAUAAUUUGACAAUGAGCUGUGAGUGUGUCCUUUUACUGCCAUCUAGUGUCUACUUGGUGGUAUACAAUGAGUAAAACAUCAAUUCAGUAUUGGUUUAACAAUUUUACAGGUCAAGUUUGCCAGGAACACUUAAUAAUACCAAUUUCCUGAAAACACAAGUUGACUUAAUGUUAUUGUUAAAAAAAAAAAAAAAGCCUCAGAAAAUUGAGACUUUUGCCGCAAAAAAGCUGCUGCGAAUUCCGGCAUUUCCGGACAAAAUCAAAGAUUCCUGGAAGCGCUGAAUUAUAUACCAUCCUUAAUGUCAUGCUUUUGUGCAAACAUUUGUGUCUGUACCUGAUAUUGAAACUUUGGGAUACGUUAGCAUAUUGAAUUCAUAUUAGCUGAUGACAAGAUGGUUAGACAUCCACAGGUAGAUGGUUUUAGUUACACUUGAGUUAAAUUUGACAUUCAUCAGUCAAAGUAAACAUUUCCUAGAAAAUGUGACUUGAUUUUUUUUCCCCCCCACUGUGGCCUUUAUAUUCCCUCAUAACUGCCCCUUAUUUCGUUUGCCAAAUAAAUGUGUUGUUUUUGUAUAUUCAACCAGGACCAUUGUAGUCUGAGUCUGGUGGAACAUUUUUGCUGUGUGGCACUCCUUCUUCCUGGGUACCACACACACACACACACACACACAUUCAUACACGUGGUGUUAUAUCAUAGUCUUCUAUUCAAAUUAUAAUUUGUUCCACAAUUCAAGUUCCUGUGUCAUGCAGUGGUUGUAAUUGUCCAAGUUAUUUCUACGUAUGAGUCAGUGUUCAGAAGGGUAAAGAGAACUGAACGUCUCACGGAUGCCGUUUGUUACAAUGCUGUGUAUCGAAAAAAGCCUCUGCAAAUAAAAGGAUCCAUUUGUAUUCUCCA